AUGGCGGAGAUUGACAACAAAGCAUCUUCUCGCCAUGUCGAGUCCACUGGGAAGCCAUUGGACUUGGUGGAUCAAUCGUUCGAGGGGUUGACUCCGGAGGAAGAACGGGCCCUGGAAAAGCGCCUGGUGCGCAAGAUCGAUCUGCAUCUGAUUUCUUCGCUGUUCCUACUAUUUAUUUUCAAUAUCCUGGACCGGUCCAACAUCGCCAAUGCCCGUCUGGGAGGGCUACAGGAAGACCUGGGCCUUUCUGACACACAAUAUCAAACUGCGGUAGCCAUCAUGUUUGUCGGCUACCUGGUAGGCCAGGUGCCGAGUAACAUUCUGUUGACCCGUUUGAAACCCUCCCGCUACAUCCCAGCAGCCAUAUUCAUCUGGGGAGGAAUUUCGAUCUGCAUGGCUGCGGUACAUGGUUACGCUGGCAUUAUAUGCGUGCGCAUAUUCCUCGGGUUCGCCGAGUCACCUUUCUUUCCCGGGGCUUUGUUGCUGAUUAGUUCCUGGUACAAACCGUCCGAAAUUGCGGUGCGAGUAGCCGUGGUGUAUUGUGGUAACACCAUCGCCAACGGGUUUGGCAGCAUGUUUGCCGCGGGCGUCAUGAGUGGAUUAAACGGCAAAGGCGGGCUGGAAGGCUGGAGAUGGCUAUUUAUCAUUGAAGGAGCUGGCACAAUGGUGGCCGGCCUUCUCGCUGUCGCGCUUCUCCCAGACUUUCCUCGUUCCGGGCAGCGGAAGUGGCUAUCGGAACAGGAGCAGCGCUUUUCCGAAUGGCGUCUUGCCCGCGCCGCAAAUGAUGAGGUCGAUGAGAAUGGUUCCAUCCGCGAGGGCUUGCGGGAUGCAUUAUUAGAUCCCAAGGCGUGGAUGUUGAUCCUGAUCCAGGUUUGCCAGCUCACAUCUCAAAGCUGGACCUACUUCUUCCCUACCAUCGUCAAAACACUGGGAUUUAGCAACAUCAUCACGCUGCUGAUCACGGCCCCGGUGUACGUCUUUGGCUUCAUCACCGCUCUUGGUAAUUCCUUCAUUGCGAACCGAACGAGCCAGCGCGCAGUUCUUAUCGCGUGGCCUCUAAUCAUAGACAUCGUGGGAAACGUCAUGGUCAUAUCGUCUCGAGCCACUGCAGUCAGAUACAUCGGCAUGUUCUUAAUGUGCGCUGGUUCAUAUUCCGCUUUCAACGUCGUUCAAGCCUGGAUUGCCAGUACGAUCCCGCGGACACGCACCAAGCGGGCCAUUGUGUACGCGUUGGUAAACCUCUUCGGUAACUCGUCCAAUAUAUACGGCUCGUACUUCUUUCCCACAUCCGACUCGCCACAGUACCGGCCUGGUGGUAUCACCCUUUCAGCGUUUGCUGCUGCCGGAAUCGUCUUGACUGGGUUGUUGGCAUUGUAUCUCCAUACGCUCAAUGUGAAGGCACAAAAGGCAGAGGAGGAGGACGGGCAGAUUCGUUAUAAGUAUAUCUGGUAA